CUUGCCAUGGACGUGCUCGAGAGCUAGCUAGCGAGUUUCAUUGGCUCAGCCAUAGCAACAGUAGCGAGUCCCUAGCAACAUUUAAGAAGACUAGGGGCAAGAUGGAAGUUUCUUUCUCGUAUUUCUCAUUUCCUGUUGUAAAACUUACAGUCUGGUAAUAAAUAUAGCUUUUUAAAUCAGUCAAGGGGUUAGUUUUUAAAAUGGGGGACAACAAGCAACAAACUAAGCGAAUUUUUAUCAACGAUGUUGACAGAUAUUCCUCCAAGCACAUCGCGAAGUUUUUAGCCUCAUGCGUGGUGACCUCUGAGGAUGAGGAAGAAGCAGAAGCAUUAGCCUCCCCUGAAGGUGAACCUGCUUUCCAUGUCGUCGGUACGGUGCCUCCUUCCUCUAAAGGUGAAAAGUGGGAUUUUCUACGGGAGAAAUAUGAGUCACCAAGCAGUGAUGAGCUCCUCCAGCACCUGCUGGAGUGUGAUGUGGUGGUGUACAACAUCUCAGAAAGUGCCACACAGCAACAGGUUGAAGAAGCAACGUGGGUGCUUACAGCCCUUCAUAAUGAGAUGCCGAGCUUCAAGUCUCAGAAAUUGUUCAUCUUAGUCUCCACUGUAAUGACAUGGGCCAUGACAAAACCUCAAAACCCAGAUGAAGCUGAUGUUCUGGUAUCAGAGGAACAGUUCAUAAGAAGAAGGCCUCACCCUGCUUUCAGAAACCACCACAGUUUGGAAAAACUUGUGCUAAAACUGGCUAAAGGGAAAAAGUCCAAACUUGCUGGUUAUGUUGUAGCUAGUGGCCUUCAGUAUGGAAAGGGGGAGGACCUCUUUCAUUACUUUUUCAAGGUUUCUUGGCUGAUGGAGUUUCCAAAAGUUCCCAUAUUUGGACAGGGCACAAAUUACAUUCCCACGAUUCAUGUGUCUGACCUUGGAGGAGUGAUCCAGAACAUCAUUCAACUCAAACCAAGACCAAAGUACAUUGUUGCCAUUGAUAAUUCCAGGAACACUUUAGAGGAUAUUGUACAGAUGAUAAGUCAUGUGCUUGGACCAGAAGAAAUUCAGAAAUUACCACCACAGGAAGCGAUUGCCAUGAAGGCGUUUAAGCCAGAGGAACUGGAGUGCCUCGGCAUCAACCUCCGCCUGGAGACCUUUAUCAUAAAUGACUUUUUCAACCUAAGCUGGACGUCUGAAGCCGGGAUGGUUGAAAACAUGUAUAACAUUGUGCAGGAAUACAAAGACACCUGGCAGCUGCUUCCCAUUCGAAUCUUGCUGCUUGGACCUCCAGCUGUGGGGAAAACUACCCUUGCAGGAAAGCUCUGCCAUCAUUACCGGUUGCACCACAUCAAGCUCAAAGAGGUCCUCGAAGAGAAGAUUGCACAACUGAAGGAGAUAGUAAAUGGACCUAACCCUGAAAAUAUCAGUCAAGAGAUAAUGACUGCUGCACAGACACAACUGGGGAAUAUUCACAAAAGUAUGAAGGAAAAUCAAGGUCGACUGGUUGACCGUCUGCUUUGUGAAAUUGUGGAAGAAAAACUAAACUCAAAGCCAUGUAAGAACCAAGGCUUUGUUCUUGAUGGUUUCCCUAAGACUUAUGAGCAAGCGAAGCUGAUUUUCUCUGAUGUGAAUGUGGAUGAGGAUGCAGGGAAAGAGGAUUUGGCAUUGAUGUCCAAAGCACCAGCCUACAAACAGGCCAUCACUCCAGAGUAUGUUUUUGCCCUUGAUGCAUCAGAUGACUUCCUGACAAGGAGAGUACAAGGACUUCCAGAAAACGUGGCAGAAAAAAUGCGCUACACCCAGGAUGAAUUUGUACCUCGCCUGACAAAACACAGACAGCUCAGUGGAGCUGAGGAAACAGUGUGUGACUACUUUGAUCAGAUUGAGGUUCACCCAUUACAUAUCGAGGUCAGGACAGAUGAUCCAGAGUACACAGACAUCAUGAAGAUGAUCACACGGGUGGUGGGCCCUCCCAAGAAUUAUGGCUUGAGUCCAGAGGAGCAGGAGGAGCAGGACCGGAAAAAAGAGGAAGAGAGGAGGCAGAAACAGUCCGCAGAGGCUGCUGAGAGGAAACGCAGGAAUGAGGCUGUGCUGGCUGAGAUGGCUGCUCAGUAUGAGGACUGGCAGAAAAAUUUAUCAGAGGUGAAGAGACAAGAGAGCGAGCAGCUGGAAGUUCAAGCUCUUCCCCUGCGAAACUACCUGAUGAAGUACGUGAUGCCCUCGCUCACUGAGGCCAUGGUAAAGUGCUGCAAGAUUAAACCGGAGGACCCUGUUGACUUUUUGGCGGAAUGUCUUUUACGACAAGAAGAAUAAGAAUUGCUCCGAUGAAGGCCGUGCUAUGAUGCUAUUGAUCAGCAUUUUUAUGUUGUUACACUGUUACAGGAUUAUAAUUGAGAUGAAAUGGUUUGAAAAGAAUUUUUUAAAGAAUGUGUUAUCUGCAAACUACAAAAUGAACUCAGCAUUCAAUUAAAAAACUUGUACACAAACCUCAUCACCAAAAAUAAAUAUUUAACAUUGACA